CAUUUGUUUCUGUGUACACUGUCAUAGAAAAAGUUACUGAUAACACGUUUUGUCGUGUAGUAUAAAAAGCUGUUUAACAGCGGACAGCCGCAAAUUUGACAACCAUGGCUGGCUUACCCUUAAACACAAUAGCUUUGCUAAUUCUUACCGCAUCAGGUAUUUUUUAAAAUAAUUUAUUUAUAUUGAAUAAAAAUAUGUUUUUAAUGUAUUAAUGUUUUUUUUUUUUGUGCAACUUUCGUUACUUUUUGUGUUAAAAACUGAAACGGGCGAGACGUUAUCGAAACAAAUACUUUUUACCCCCAGUGUGAUUUUAUGCAAAAUUCACUAGCGUCGUACCACCUGACUUAAGGAUUCCUUAGGUAACGUUUGAUUAAAAUUCAUUCAGCCUUACGACUCCUAUAGAAAAAUUAAAAAUUAAAUUUCAAGUCUACCGUCUAGGAAAUUUGCUUUUCACUGAAAAUUAAAUGAUACAUGGGGGAAAAAUGCAAGGAAGACAGCAAAAUAAAAGGUAUCGUGCAGAGCAACAUAAAUUUCAUUAUUACCCGGGAACAACUGGCAACAACUUCUAAUACGUGAUAGAAAUUAAAUAUUAAAAAAUAUACUAUUUCCUUAUGAAAAUAAAGAAGAAAGGAGAACUUGUUGAUGAAAUCAUAUCUUAACUAGAAAUGUAAAUGAUUUUUUCUUGGUCUAAAACUGUGUUUAAAUUCUCAGCUACCGGUAUUCAGUUCAAUGUUCAACCAACAAGGAUUGAAAUCGGACUCUCUAACCGAUUUACUAUCUUCUGUUCUUUCAACCAUGGAACUGACCCUGAGAUGUCCAGCUUGGUCUCGCUCUUCAUAUCUCGUGCUCAAGACACAGCAAACGUGGAUUUUCAUGAGAUCGCGUCCAUCAACACAUUUUCUGGUAACGUCAGCAACAUGAUCCACAACAACGCUACCAUUUCCGGCGUCAUCAACAACCUCGGGGUGUCAUUUCUGAGCAUGGAGUGGAAGUUCCCAGACGAUCAGGUGUCGGGUCUCUACAAAUGUGUCGCUAACGGCGUUGACGGUACAGGACACCCCAUAAGUGUCAUGUCUACAAGCCUAGUUACAAGUGAGAUGCCCGAUACCAAACAGUUGGUGCAAGUAGUCCGCAAUCUCAUGAUCAACAUGGACUACGCUUUAGAAAACACGUGCAUAUCAGGUAUGGAAAAUGUAGUAAUUUAAUCAUCAAUAUAUCUCAGUUAACUCUUUUACUUUAAGAUUUAAGUUCAAUUGAUUCAGACAUAUUUCGAAUAGUCAAAAUAUACUUAUGUAUUACUGGUAAAUAUCAGUUAAGGUUUUUAAGUAAAAUAAAAAUUUGAACUUAAAUUAAAAUCAAGCGUCAGCGGCGUAUUUAGUUAGGGUAGCGCACAACAACACACUCACUGUUUUAGGUCAUGUACUAAGCGUCGCCCGUAGGUUUUGGACGAGCCCGAACAGACACUGCGAUUUCUUCUGAUCCGCUCCGUAACUAUACAAUUAGGUAAUUCCUGGGUUUCGAGAUGAACCGUUACGGGCCAGGAAGCUAUUCCCUGUGAGGAUUUUACAACCCAGAUCGCGACAAGAAGUAAUUUGAACAGACUAAGGGGAAAGCAAAACACGAGUUAUGAGUGGUCGUACCGCCCUAGCUAUACAUGUGAAGGAAAAUUUAGUCAGUUUCAUCCCCGAUUACUGGUUUAUAGGAUUACACCAGGAAAUGGUAUAGUAGUCGAUUUCCUAAUAGUUUACUUUUUGAUAGGGUCGAGGUGAAAAAAAAGAUUUUGUAGUAAACUUCCUUGAUGUUUACUGUUAGAUGAGAGUAGUUCAGGAUUAUGUGCGUGUAACUAUUGAGUAGAGCUGAAAUUUUAUUCCAUGUUAAUAAAGUCUGAUUUGCCCGAUUACGAUGAUGUGGCAAAAUCAAUUUACUAAAUUUUCAUUAAAGAAUGUUCAAAUGUACUCACAAAUCCACUAGAAGACGUAGUUUGACAGUUCCAUUCUUGUACUUUACUUUCUCAACUGGUGUAUUUGUUUAUACUUCACCACUAUAAAGUGUGGUAUAAAACUAGAUAAGACUUAAUAACGUACUGGCCGUUCAUUGCAUUCAAUUCCAAUAUUUUUAUGUUUAAUUUUUAAAAUAAUGUAACGUCUCCAGGUUGUUGGCAGGGCCGGUUGGAGCAGAUGAAACGGGCGAGGUUUGAAAUAUCCUCCUUGUACAACGGUCACAGAUAUCUCUUGUCUAAAAUUGCCAACCUCGCCUCCGUUGCCGUGGCCCAAGAGUCGUGCGAAUUCUACGGAGGCUACCUCGCUGAGAUCGACGAUGAGGACGAACUGCUGUUUGUACAGAACUUUAUUAAAUCUCCCAAAACUAUCGACUACAGGUUGGUUUUAGUUGGGGGAACAGAUGAAGGCCACGAGCACCAAUGGGUGUUUGACCGCACCGGAAGAAACGUCACCUUCACGAAAUGGAUACCCGGAUACCCACUAAUCCAACCCGCUUAUAAUUGUCUCUACCUGCACGGUGAUUAUGCCUGGAUAAUGGUAGAUUACCUUUGCUUCGAAACCGCAAGAACCUUCAAUUCUAGGUACAUGUGCGAGUUACCCGAGCAGUGAAGGAAGCAGUAGAUGAUAUACAUUUAACUAAAGAAUAACGUUUUAAGGCUUUCUUCAAUAUCUUGAAACACAAAUUUAAAAAAACAAAAAAACAAAACAACAAAAAACAAGCUGAAAUAAAAUGUUUUUAAUUCAAUUAGUUGCCUUUCUGUUUUUUUUUAUAAUGACAAUUAACAUGAUUUUUAAAAAAAAAAUGUGUUCAACUCAAAUUAAAAAUACAAUAAAUUAUUUAAUGAAGAUGUUUUAAAUUCAAUUUAUUGUUUUUCUAGAUCAGUCAAGACUGAGUCUUAAAAAAAAAAAUUCGUAAUAAAAUUAAAUUAUGUCCCCUUUCUGAGUUUCGCUUCCCACAAUGUUGUAUUACGAAAUUAUACUGUAAAGAAAUAAUGCGUUGGAUCUGUAAGUAAGAUGUUAUUUGAUGUUUUUCCCUUAACCAUAUUGUUUUUUCUUUCAACAAACUGUAAAUAAAAUUUUUAAAAAAUUGUGUUAAUCGUACAUUAAAAGUGGACAUUUACUUAAAUAGAAAAUAUGACGCUAAAGAAAGGAGUGAUCUCACUGUCUAUAAGAAAUUAGCACUUUACUCUUUCCAUUUUAAGUUACAUGUUGUAGGGUAGCUUAUGUCCUU